UGGUUUAUAUAACAUUUUAAGAUUGUACUUAAGACGGUCUUAAAUAUAAGAUCCGACUGUAAAUACCGGCCAUUGUCAGGGUGUACGUACGUGGAACUUAUGAAAAACACGCACGUGGAAAAAAUUCUGCCAACACGUUACAACUACUCGAAAGCCUUCGGAGAUUGCGUCUCGGUAAGAGUGAAAUCAUAAUUGAAUUAAAUGACCGACGAUAAGUCGGUCGCAUUAUCGAUUUCGAACCGUUAUGAGAGUUCGGUGCGGCCGAACUAUGAACCUGUCGCAUGUUCUCAAAUGUCGAGACGCGGAGUUCGGAAUGCAGGAAAAUGCGCGAUCGUUCGUGAGCACCAUAUAUUGUGUCAAGAUUUAAAACUGCUGAUUAACAUUCGUUUCUCGCAACCUUAUUUCGUAUGACUCGCGUCGUGCUGCCCUGACCGUAAGAUUCGUAAAAAGGACUUAUUUGAAUGCUGACGUAGACGACCCUGAUGCUAUGCAGAUCUAUGACUUUUUCCGAUGCAACGUUAAGAGACACACCGCAGUUGAUUGUUAACGUCGCAUUACGGAGAACAAGAUGCGAUUAAGUGCCAUAUAGGACGUCACGAAUAAUUGACUUCUGUUUAGUGUGUUAAUUAAUCACAAAGAUUUAUGAUCGAAGAUAUAUGAUGUAAAUUGUGAUUGAGGAUAAUAAUUUGCUGCAUAUAGAUAUCGCAACUAAUUAUCAUAUAUCGAAACUGUCUUAUACACCUGUGAAAAUAAAAAGUCUUACGAUGCAACGAAAUUAGAAAGAUCGCAUUACAUAUCGCGACGAUCAAGUGUGUAGUGUCUUGUAGUAAGUUGAUAAAAUAAAUUACGAUAAAUUCUAUUGAUCCGAAAGUGAUUAUCGAAAAAGUCAUCACGCAUUUACUUAAAAGAUUACCUCGAGGUAAUAAUCGAGGUAAUUUUUUCAGGUCAAAUCAAGAUCAGAAGAAGAACUGAUGUAAUCAUUUCAUAGAUGAGGCUUAUUUUGAUUCGACUCAAAUUAAUGUCAAGGUCCUAGCUUUCUACAGAGCAAAAAUUAGCAAGCCGUUAUGCAAGAAAUUAAUAGAAUGCAAAUAAUGUGUUAGAGAGAACUAGACACUGUGAUAUAUAUCCGAAAAAAGAAGAUUUAUUUCUCGCGCGAUAAGAUAAGAUCCACGAUGCUAAAGUCCUGCCUGAUGAUCUUGUUCCUGGGGCACGUCGGUGCAGGGAUCCUGCCGCCGGCCAUUCUCGAAACGGUACACCACUUCUUCGCGGGAUUUCCACCGCCGAACAAUUUGGUGCGGGACGAGGAUGCGGUGCCCGGGCGGCGUUAUUUAUCUUUCGAUUUUCUUGUGAUUGGCGCCGGCUCGGGAGGGUCCGUGCUCGCAAAUCGUCUGACGGAGAAUCCCGAUUGGAACGUCCUGCUGCUCGAGCAGGGCAAGGACGAGAUCUUCUUCACGGAUAUCCCUUUUUUGGCGCCGAUCCUCCACGUCACAGAUUACGCCCGCGUGUACAAGGGCAAGCCGCGGCCGCAGGACGCACACGGUCGCGGUGGGUACUGCCUCUCGAUGGUCGACGGCCGUUGCAAAUUGGUGACCGGUAGGGCGGUCGGUGGCACCUCGGUGAUGAACUUCAUGAUCUAUUCAAGAGGCACACCGGUCGAUUACGACGGCUGGGAAGCGCUCGGAAAUCCCGGUUGGAGCUAUAAGGACGUACUUCCAUAUUUCAUCAAGUCCGAGAGAUGCAAGUUAAUCGAUAAAAACGUGAGAUAUCACGGAUACGACGGAUAUCUGGAUGUUACUACUCCUCCUUACGCCACUCCUCUGAGAGAAUGUUUCUUGAAAGCUGGCCAAGAACUCGGCUACGAUCUGAUAGAUUACAACAGCGAUAGGUCCAUUGGUUUCUCGACAACGCAGGCGAAUCUGCGAAACGGUCACAGAGUCAGCGCCAACAAAGCCUUCCUCAGGCCAAUUCGCGACAGAACAAACUUUUAUCUGUCCAAGCUCUCGACAGUGACAAAAAUUAUUAUUAAUCUGGAAACAAGAAAAGCCGUGGGUGUCCAAUUCGUAAAGAACUAUAAAACAUACUUGGCCACUGCUACUAAGGAAAUUAUACUUUGCGCGGGUACUUUUGGUUCACCACAAUUACUGAUGCUUUCCGGGAUAGGUCCAAGAGAUCAUUUAAAUUCAUUAGGCAUCGGCGUAAUCGAAGAUCUUCCGGUGGGAUUUAACUUACAAGAUCACGUGAGCAUGUCAGCUUUAACGUUUCUAGUCAACGAAAGCGUGACCAUUGUCGAACCACGUUUAGGUUCGAAUCCGGCUGAUUUUCUGAAGUACUUCACAGAGGGAACUGGUCCUUUAACGAUACCCGGCGGCGCCGAAGCGUUAGCUUUUGUUAAUACCAAGGCUAAUAAUUAUAUAAAAAAAAGGGAAAAGUUAAAGUUUAAGUACAUUCAGAGUGUAAAUACGCACAAGAACAACAAGCAGUACGCUGUUCCCAACAUUACUUCCAUUACCGUAAAUCAUAACGUCUUUAAGAUGUAUUCUCACGCUAACGCAAGCAAGAUGUUAGACGACUAUCCCGACAUCGAGUUGGUGUUAGGAGCAAGCUCGUUAGCCGGCGAUACUUCCGGCAGCUAUCGUGGUCUGCUAGGAUUAACGGAGGAAUUUUACAAGGAGGUUUACAGCGAUUACAAGGGCUUCGACGGCUUCAUGAUCGUACCUGUGCUUCUGCGACCCAAGAGUCGCGGUAGACUCACCUUGAGAAGCAGCGAUCCAUGGGACUCGCCGAUCGUGGACAUCAAUUAUUACGAUCACAAGGAUGAUCUGAAUACAAUGGUGCAAGCUAUAAAGAUCGCAAUUGAAGUAGCUUCUACGAAGGCGUUCAAACGUUUCAACGCUACGCUGCUGCCGGUACCGUUUCUGGGAUGCAAGCACGUUGCUUUUAAGAGCGACGCAUACUGGGCCUGUGUCGCUCGUCACGUGUCGACGAGUCUGGGUCACUACGCGGGCACGUGCAAGAUGAGCAGCCGGAAGGAUUCAGGGGUAGUAGACUACAGAUUGCGAGUGCACGGGAUCGACGGUCUCAGGGUCGUGGACGCCAGCGUGAUGCCGACCAUAAUCGCUGGUCAUACGAACGCGCCGGCAUACAUGAUCUCUGAGAAGGCCAGCGACAUGAUCAAGGAAGACUGGAAAGAUUCCGCUUCGUGAAACGUGUGGGAAGCAGGAGGAAGUAGAUAUGCUACGACAUGCGAAACGUGGGACGCGUGUUAUCACGAAAGG